CGGAUGAGCUGACAGCUGCUGUGUCCAACACAACCUUAUACUGCACCAUGUUUUGGAAACCUAGAUCCUAAUCCUACUCAUUAUUAGACAGGGUGAUCAGGUCUGUGCAAUCAAACACAGACAAUGGAGUCGGAAUUGUCUGCUAUGUCUUCCAUGAGUGAGCAGCUGAACUUACAGGACGCUGCUCCAGGAGUCUACAAGGAGGCUUAUCGGCUGGCCCUGUACGCGCUGCUGAAUGGCGGUCAGGAAGCAUAUCAGGAGUUCCUUAAGGCUGAAGGGAUCUCUGACUUUCUCUCAGAGCAGGAGAUUAGGUACAUUCUUGAGAAUAAGAAAUGGCCUUCAGGUGAUGAUGAUGAAGAGGAUUGUGAAGGUAUGGACAAUGCACCCUCUACAUACUGCCCAAUGGAAUCGGAUGUGGAGGUGCCAGACCUUGAUCUUGGCUGGCCGGAAGCCAGGCUUGACCAUGUGGAGACCAACGUUCACAUGCUUUUCCACCCGCCAAGACAGAACAUGCCAAGCAUCAAAACACUGGUGCGGAAAUAUAUAAAAGAAGCAAAAAUGGUCAUUGCUAUAGCAAUGGACAUAUUUACUGAUGUGGACAUAUUCCGAGAUCUGGUUGAAAUUUCCACCAGGGGAGUGGUCAUUUAUUUGCUUCUAGAUGACCUUCAGUUCAACAGCUUUCUACGCAUGUCGGAAAGAGCCAACGUUCCUCUCCAAAAGCUAUGGAAUGUGAGGAUUCGCACAGUGAAGGGUCAUGAGUAUCGCUGUCAGUCCGGGGCAAAGUUCCAUGGAGCGAUGGAGCAGAAGUUCAUGCUGGUGGACUGCCACACAGUACUGUAUGGGUCUUAUAGCUUCAUGUGGUCCUAUGAAAAGAUCAACCUCAGUAUGGUGCUCCUCAUCACAGGCAAGUUGGUGUCCUGCUACGACGAGGAGUUUAGAAGACUGUUUGCUCGUUCCAUCAUACCUGCCCAGCUCAUCCAACAGACCACAUCAAGCACAGACCUCUUCUGUGGCAGGAACCAAGGGCCCAUGCAGAGCCUCCAUUCUGCCAAGUUCUUUGAGAGAACACGCUCCUUUGACACCUCUCAGCUGAAAGAGAUGAGAGGACGCCUGAACAUGCUAAACCACAACGACAAACCUGAGGAAGGAGCACAGGCCAAUGGAGCCAACAUAAACCAUGGACUGAAUCUCCAGCGGAACCCAGCCACCAACACUUACAGUGGCUUUCAACAGAGAAUGUACUCAUCAUUGCGUCAGAGGAGCAGAGUCAUAGGUGACAAAGGUCCUGAUGUCCUGGACAGAAGCCCUUUCUCUGCCACUGGUCAGCUUAACAAUCCGGCCCAGUACAGGCAACCAGGCCAAGAUGACAGUGCUCUUCAUGGAAAGCCGUCUUUCCUGAGCGUCUCUGAGUUGUCUCUUCAUAAAUGGAGAAUUGACUCAUAUCUCAGGAAUGACCAGGUUCCGGCGGACUCCACUGAGAGUUUGGACCGCAUGAGUUUACACUCUGACACUCUGAAGUCCUCUUUACAAACCACUCACUCGUCCAGAUCGAACCUCAUAUUCAAAAUCCCAGAGCAACCAACUGUGACUGACCUGAGGGCCCUGAGUCCAACCCUGGGCAGACGUACGAUCACCUCUGUGUACACCUCCCUGCAAAGAGCCAAAGAGAACGAGUUGGGCAGGGAUUCUAAAAAGCCUGAACUUAAUACAGAACGCAGACUCAGUGAAGAUUCAACCACUCCCCUGACCAGGCAGACACAGCGUCCUGGACUGGUCAGUCCAUGGACAGUGAUCACACAACCAGGAACAUUUGACCAGCCUUCACUUCUUGAGACCAGCCAUCAAUCUCGCCCUGACAUCAAGCAAGAGACAGAAGCUGCCAAUAGUAAACCGAUUCUCCCUACACCCAGCUCUGUGAAAAGCCUUGACAGUCUCAUCACCAAUACAAAUGAAGAGGUGGCAGAAGCCGUGAAGGAUGAGACAAAUGCAAUGCAAAAACUCAGCGAGUCUCACAGGUCCGUCUCCCAUUAUGAUAUAAAAACCACAGACGAUAAGAAGACCCCACAGUCCUACGACUGGCAGGAGCCACCCUCCAGGACAGCCUCGGCGACACAUUUAGGGAAAGAGACAGAGUCGUCACUCCCCAAGGGCUCAAAUCUAAAACGCUUACGCCCAUUCAGCGACAGCAACCAGACCCGUUUGUCUUUGAUUGAAAUACCAGAAGAAAAAGAGGGUCUUGGCUCAACUAGAAACUUAGAUGAAAUUUCUCCAAGUAAAGAUGCCGACAACUUGACCACCCCGACAAAGACUCAACCAGCGCCCAUUGAAGCAAAUGUUCACAUUUCAGACAGACGGCCAAGCAUCACGGGAACAAUAACAAGCCCCACUCCCUCCUGCAACAGAGACUGGUUCUCACCAAUAACAAGUCCUGCGUCCAGUCGUCCAACGACUCCCACGUGGAGCAGCUCGCAGAGACCUGAAGGACAGAAGGCUGUGGCUGCGUCACCAAGAACGCUGUCCGCUCUGGAUGUGGUGGGCCGUCCGCACCACAGUGUGUACCACGGAUCACAGUCCUCAGUGGCCACAGUGGAGAGUAUAAUGUCCAACCCAGGCGAGGGGCGGUACGGCAUACCAGAGGUCAAACGGAACAAGGUCUAUAGUCGUUUUGAGCACUUUCUGUCUGUGGAGAGGAGAGUGCCCGAUAAGACUGAAACUGACCACAUGAAUGCAUACGCUGCGGAGAAACGCAGGAGCUUGUUCAUGGGCACCUCCAGCACCUACUCCAGAUACCAGACCCAACCACAGACUGAUAAUAGGUUUGGUAAAUUCAUACAGCGUGUGGGCAGUUUGAUACACAAAAACAAGUAGAAUAUUCAUAGGUUUUAAUACUUGGGUUUCUGUGAGUGCUUUUGUAAAUACAGUCAUUACAAAACUGUUAGAAAUGAGAGCUGUUAGAAAUUUAGACCUGUUUGUUUUUUUUUCUGCUGGUAUUUUUAGAUGUAUUUAAGGAGUGCAGGUUGUAAAUGGCAGAAUAAGUGGAUAAAACACAUAACUAAUAACAAACCAGAACAUAUUGU